GAUCAGAAUGUAUAUAAGAAGCCAUUCAGAUACAAACAACGGGAGUCAUGCAGCUGCAAGUGCAUCUUAGAAUGCACAACAGCUGCGCGCAUGACUAGACAUCAGAGUGUGACGUGAAGUUGAACAUGAGUUCAAACCAAGCAGGAAGGCACAACCGCAACAACUUCCUUACCCAAAACCGAGCACACUUCACUCCGUCAACCAGCAUGCUUCGCCGUGCCCACCAAAUCGCACUUAUGGACCGACAGCAUGCCCUCCAUCACUGUCGAACUCGGACACGUCGACAUUGUUCAAGAAAACGCAGGCCAUAAUCUGAAGCUUGCGAGCUCAAUCGACUUGAACUCCGUCAACGAGUGUGGCAUUACAGGCGUGCUAGAUUCACGAGCCAUUAAGCAUUUUCUGGCCGCACGACCGUGGAUCUACUGUGCGAAUAGGUUCCGUCUAAUGAUAAACUUGUUAGUAGACGCCAAUCUGGGUCCGCAGACCAAGGAGGAUCUGGUUGACUCGUUCGCUGCACGCCUCCAACUCGCUCAGGUACAGUUACCUAAAAGCAUUCAUGUAUGGCGGAUAAAGGUUGUUGACCUUCUAAGUCAGAUAUGGCGACAGCUGACGCUCUCCGCCGAAACUGUGGAAGUAUCACCUGUCGACCACCUGGGUUCUCGGACGAUAACCGUAACUCUCUCACACGUCGAUACGGAGGCCGCCCAUGUACGCCAAUGUCCGCACAAGCUGGGCGUUGGCGUCCCUCAUCACGAUAUCAGGCCUCCCGAGGGCAUACUGAGCUAUCAGCUAGACAGUGUACGUCUUACUUGCCACGUUCGAGACGAUCAAGUCGAAAGCCUGCCGCCGUAUCAGCGUGAACGCGAAAUAGAUGAACUGGGUCUCGAGGCACUGCUUGAAGAUGACAAUGCGGAUUGCGAGCUGCUUGACUGGGACAACUCGGUUGUACCAUUCCACGAGUCUGCCGCCGGGUCUGACUUCGACGAGGUUCGGGCUGACCACUUGUCGUUCGAUGGUGCCGUCGACUGCCUCUUAACGAGAGCAGAACUGUCGGACACUCAUGAUCUGCCCGAUGUGCCAACACUCAUGAAACCCGCAAAGCCUCGAAAUGCUCCAAACUUGGACCGAGGGGAUGGAGGCGUUGGCGCAAUUCUCCUGCUUAUCGACUCUGCUAUACGACUCGCAAUCGCUGCAAAGCCACGCGGCCUCCCAAAGGGCAUGAGCGUCAAGCGCAGUCGAGGCUUCAAAUGCUUGGCAAACGUCGCGCCAGCUGUAUGGUUACCGGGCUACCUUCCUGCAGUGUCCAGACGUGCACAUUUCUUACCUACCAUAAGCCAUGCUAUCUUGGGCGUGACUAGCAGAGACGCUGACCGUAAAGACUUUGCGUUAAGUACAGCGCAACUUGCAAAACAUAGCAACAUUCAUGCGGUGCAAGGCACUAUAUCUCCUUCGCAGAUGCUGUGGUUGAUGCUUCAGCAAAACGUCCUGGCCAGCAACGCUGCCCGCCUCUUCUCUGUUUGUGCACAGCAACCGGCUCACAGAGAUAAAACAGAGGUGGAGAUACGGCCGAUAUUGAAAAGUACAUGCAGCCUGGAGGAGUCGCUUCAGGGAGGGUACGAGGCUGGCGUAAACGAAGACGCUUCGGCUCGCGGGAUCGAGACGUUAUGGGGAGGUCUUGACGUCUGCCACAGUAGUAGUCCGCCUCUCAUGCCAUAUGGGCUAGCAGAUGAGCUAGCGGGGGAGAUAAAGUGGUAGUCCCCUGUCGCUACUCGUUCCUGCAUGUCACGGGAGACGGGCUAAGCUGCGCUCAGCGGUGCCAAACGAAACACAAAAACCAUGCUCCUCAACAAAAAGUCAUGGGAAAAACUCUCCCGUGCAGGCUUUACCUCGUGUGCCACGAGUGGUCUAGGCCGGGUUGUCGCAAUAAAGCUGUACCUUUGUCCGUCCACCACAUUAAAUGGACGACUUGGUUGCGAACAACAUCUUCCACGCUCCGUUCAUUUACCACUUCGUAUCGCAGGACUCGAACGGAUUUUGGAC